CCGAUUUCACUCAAAAGCCGACCGAGGAGGUGUGUGUGAGUGUGCGACUGACUGAGCGCGCUGUGUUUCAGUAGCCUUCACUCACUGCUCAAACACAGAGGAGCUCCGACCUCCGGCCGCGACAAAUUACUGUGUUAAUUCACUUUUCAUUGUUCGGUGUGGUACUGUUGCCUUGGCGCAGAAGAUAAACCUUAAACUCGAGUUAGUUUUCGUUGGGGACAUUUUUAAUAAGUAAUGUGAGAAGGCCUCGUGUAUGUUAGCUGACUAGCUAAUAAUCCUAGCUAGCUCAAAUUCAAGAGGUUGGAAUCUCAUUUGGAAGUGGUGAACAGUAAAUCAAUAAAAUAAACAUCGAUUCAAUUUAAUUAGCUUUCGACUUGCAGUGCACAGCUAGCUAGCUGCGUCGUUGGACUUACACCGGCAAGUCUGUUGUUACUGCAGAUUUGUGCUAGUAUGGGAUUGCUGUCACAAGGGUCUCCACUGAACUGGGAAGAGACUAAAAAGUACGCUGAUCAUGUUAGAAAACAUGGCAUCCUUCAGUUUCUCAACAUCUACAACAAGGUGAAAGAUCGGCAGAAGGAUGUGUUAAAAUGGGGUGACGAGGUGGAGUACAUGCUGAUAGCGAUGGAUGAGAAGGAUGAGAAGGUUCGCCUGGUGUUGAACGGAGCCGAGGUGCUCCACACGCUUCAGGACAAAGGUGAAAACACCAACCCAAACCACCCAACGCUCUGGAGGCCAGAGUACGGCAGCUACAUGAUCGAGGGCACCCCCGGGCAGCCGUACGGGGGGACCAUGUCCGAGUUCAACACGGUGGAGGACAACAUGGAGAAGCGCAGGAAGGAGGCCUCCUCUGUCCUCCAGGCACAUGAGACGCUCUGCACCAUUACGUCAUUCCCCAGGCUGGGCUGCCCUGGUUUCACCUCGCCAGAGUUCAAGCCCACUCCAGUUGACAAAGGGGCAUCCAAGUCUCUCUUUUUCCCAGACGAGGCUAUAAACAGGCACCCGAGAUUCAGCAAUCUGACUCGAAACAUCCGUCACAGGAGGGGGGAGAAGGUGGUGAUCAACGUGCCCAUUUUUAAGGACAAGAACACCCCGUCUCCAUUUGUGGAAAAAUUCCCUGAAGAUGACGGAGAGGCGGAAAGGGCGGCACUCCCUGACCACAUCUACAUGGACGCCAUGGGAUUUGGGAUGGGCAACUGCUGCCUGCAGGUAACAUUCCAGGCUUGUAGCAUUUAUGAGGCAAGGUACCUGUAUGACCAGCUGGCUACAAUAUGCCCGAUUGUGAUGGCCCUGAGCGCGGCCUCGCCCUUCUACAGGGGCCUGGUCUCCGACAUCGACUGCCGCUGGGGCGUCAUCUCCGCCUCCGUGGACGACCGCACGAAGGAGGAGCGGGGUCUAGAGCCCCUGAAAAACAACAAAUACCGAAUCUUUAAAUCCAGAUAUGACUCCAUCGACAGCUACCUCUCCCCCUGCGGAGAGAAAUACAACGACAUAGAUCUGACGAUAGACGAGGACAUCAACAAGCAGCUUCUGGACGCAGGCAUCGACAAACUGCUGGCUCAGCACGUAGCCCACCUUUUCAUCCGGGACCCUCUGAGCCUCUUCGAGGAGAAGAUCCACCUGGACGACGCCAACGAAUCGGACCACUUUGAGAACCUGCAGUCCACCAACUGGCAGACGAUGCGGUUUAAGCCACCGCCCCCGAAUUCAGACAUCGGCUGGAGGGUGGAGUUCCGCCCAAUGGAGGUGCAGCUAACAGACUUUGAGAACUCGGCGUAUGUGGUGUUUGUGGUUCUGUUGACCCGGGUAAUCCUGUCAUACAAGCUGGACUUCCUCAUUCCCCUGUCCAAGGUCGAUGACAACAUGAAAGUGGCUCAGAAGCGCAACGCGGUCCAGGAGGGCAUGUUUUACUUCCGGAAGGACAUUUUCAAGGGCUGCAGCCCGGUUCUGGACGGUUCCCCCGGCACCCCGAACGGCCUGGACAGCGACACGGCGGAGUACGCCCUGAUGAGCAUCGACACCAUCAUCAACGGAAAGGAGGGUGUGUUCCAAGGACUCAUACCAAUCCUCAACUGUUACCUGGAGAACAUGGAGGUGGAUGUGGACACGCGAUGCACCAUCCUCAACUACCUGAAGCUCAUCAAGAAACGGGCCUCUGGCCAGAUGAUGACCAUGGCUCGCUGGAUGCGGGAGUACGUGGCCCAGCACCCCGAGUACAAGCAGGACAGCGUCAUCACCGACAAGAUCAACUACGACCUGCUGCUGCGCUGCGACCGCAUCGCCAAGGGGGAGCUGCGCUGCCCGGAGCUGUUCGGAGACCCCGUCAACCGCCGCAACAAAUGAGCCCAAACGCCAGAGCGUUCACUCAGCUCCCCGCCCUCCCCAUCGAAAGCCCUUUCAGCAUGAAGACCAAAUACUGAACCUGAACAGAAGAAGAACCCGGGGUCCAAAUCCGCCGUUGACUUUUGACUGAAGCAAUUUUUAAACGACGCACACGCUGCAUGCUGUCGGCAGUGUUCAGCCCUGAUGUGUCCAAUUUGUAUAUAUCAGAUUUUUACAAUUUCACAGAUUAUUUUAGUAGCUGGGGAAAAACUAUUUCAAUCGAACAUGUAUGUAUAUAUUUUCUCUCAUGUUUGUGUUAGCUGUGUUCUCUGUUUGUGUGAGAUUAUUUAAGUAUGAGACACUAAGCUGUACAUUAGAGUUGAUUUAUCUUAUCAGUGACCUGUUACAUUGCUCUGCAAACAUUAACAACGGUGUGUUCCUACCAGCUUUCCUCUUCAUCUGUAUGUGAAAUUAAUUAUAUUUUUCCUUUUAAGCAUAAAUAUUUUGGCUUUGUACUGCAGUGUCUUUAGAAAGAUUGCUAUUUGUUCUUGCAUUGUACUGGAAAGCUUAAAACAGCAAGUAGUAGCCUAUUGAUAUUCCGGUGAGGGUUAUUGAUUGGCGAUUUAGAUAUAAAAGUAAUUCUGAAUAAAUUGUACUGAGUUGUACUGUC